AAAUCUGAGGGUUGAUUUAUUUUUCAAAUUAUUGUGUUAAAGGCAAAAAGAAGAUUAAAAUAGCAGUUUGCAAGAGAACAAAUUUUAUUUACUGAGAAAAUCGAUAUGUCGGUUUUUUAAAACCGGAUAUCCGGCGACUCCAUACACGUUGUCUCUAGCUCUCCGAGUCAAAGAUCUUCGAGCGUUUCUUUCUUUUCCGAACAGGCGCAGUCGAAGUGAACUCGCAAAAGGAGUAAAAGGCUCCUACAUAACCUGUAACUACCAAUAUAUUGUAUGAGUCAAAAGGUAGAAAAACCAGUAUUAUCGGGUCAACGGAUCAAGACCAGAAAAAGAGAUGAGAAAGAGAAGUAUGACCCUAACGGGUUCCGCGACGCUCUGGUCCAAGGACUGGAGCGCGCGGGCGGUGAUCUGGAGGCGGCCUAUAAGUUCUUAGACGCGGCCGGCUCCAAACUUGACUAUCGCCGGUAUGGCGAGGUCAUUUUCGAUGUUCUUAUUGCUGGGGGGCUAUUGCUCCCCGGUGGUUCGGUGUCGAUGGAUGGGGAGACACCGAAGACAAACACUUGCAUCUUCAACGCUAGUGAGGAUAUGGAGUCAAUGCACAACUUUGAACAGGUAUUCGUGAAACUAAUGCGACGUUAUAAGUAUCUGGAAAAAAUGUUUGAAGAGGAAAUGAAAAAGGUGCUGGUGUACAUUAAAGGGUUCGAACCUCUGCAGCGCAUCAAACUGGCAAGGAUGACGGCGUUGUGGAUAUGCAACGGAUGCGUCCCACCAUCAGUACUUCUAGUGCUGGUGAAUGAGCACCUUCUGAAGGAAAACGUUGCUUUAGAAUUCGUGCUUGAAGUAUUCGUAACAAUGAAGAACGAACGUGGAGUUACUUCGUUAGUUACUGCGUUGAAGAGGGGGCAACUUGAAGGCAGGCUUCUGGAGUUCUUGCCCCUAAAUCGUCGCAGCGAGGAAUCUCUAGCCACGAUGUUUGGGGCGCGGGGUCUAGGCGAAGUUGUCCGCUUGCACCGGGCCCAAGCUUCGCAGGAAGCUCGUCGGGAACUAACUCGUGUUCUUGAUGAGGAGCUAAAUGAUGAAAAACCAGUGAGAGACAUCAUACCAGACCUGAGAGACAUGGCGCAGAAGAAUGACAUACCAGACCAUGAGGUGGUCGCGAUUAUUUGGCAGUGCGUGAUGGCUCGCGGUGAGUGGAAUAAGAAAGAGGAACUUUUGGCCGAGCAAGCUGCGAAACAUUUGCGCCAAUAUACGCCGCUUCUAGCUGCGUUUGCUCACUCUGCUAAGGCUGAAAUUGCUUUGCUGACUAAGGUCCAAGAGUACUGCUACGAGAACAUGAACUUCAUGCGCGCGUUCAGUAAGCUGGUUGUGAUGCUGUACAAGAGUGAAGUGGUUUCCGAGGAAGUAAUCUUGCGCUGGUACCGCGACCCCAACUCUUCCAAGGGCAAGCAUAUGUUCCUCGAUCAGAUGAAGAAAUUUGUCGAGUGGCUACAGAGCGCUGAGGAGGAGUCGGAGAGUGGUGAGGAAGAAGAUUAAUUUAAGAGCAGCGUGAGACUGACAGCGGCCGCCUUCAAACAACCCAUAGACAAGCCAAUAAUCCACCCAACCCAGAGACAGUUAGAAAACUUGACCCGUAUUAGUAUUGUGAAAGAAAAUUUAAACCUGUGUUGCCCGUAGUAUGAUUGAACAAAAUAAUAAAUAUGUGUAUUCUGUUA